CUCUCGCUCUUGUCGCACAAUGAAAAAGAACACCGCUAUGCGCCAUUUUACUACGUAAGCUUGCACCUGUACAACUAACCACUCAUCCGGGCCAACCAGUUUUUGCUACAUUUUGCAAUCGUUGUUCUCCUUGAAAGCACACGGUUUUUCCGGAGCGUUCUGAACGAUACAGUUUUCUUCGCGUGUUAAAACAAUAAAAUAUAUUAAAUAAAAUGUCACUACAGGAGAACUUCGAUAAAGCUGUCGAGGACGUGAAGAACCUCAAUGCAACACCCGCCGAUGCCGAUCUGCUGGAGAUCUACGGUUUGUACAAACAGUCUACAGUCGGUGACUGUAACACGGAAAAGCCGGGCUUCCUAGACUUUAAGGGCAAAUCCAAGUGGGAGUCCUGGAACGGGCGCAAGGGCAUGUCGCAGGACGACGCCAAACAAGCGUACGUAGAUAAGGUCCAGAAAUUGAUCGAGCAGCACGGUCUGAAGUAGAAGUUGCGGGUGCUUGUGACAAAACCAGCAAAACGAAACCUCCGGUUAAAAACACGGGCGAUGGGUUUUGCUGGUAUACAAGGAAGAAACAUGUGACAGACAGACAACGGAACGGAUAAAGGACGCGCGACACUUAUGGCAGUACAAAAAAAAAUGGCCAGCCUAUGUAAAAUGGCCUUUUCCUAUUGUUUUAAUGGUUUCCGUUGACAGUAAAGUAGGCUCUUUUUUGUUGGUUUCUCUCUCUAGACUCACACACACCAUUUCGUGGCGUAAAAGGUGAUGAGUCCUGCGAGCAAGAGAUUAGUAAAAAAAAGGCAUACACACGCUCAAAGCCAUUGUGUUCUGGCAUUAAAAACAGGACGAACUCGAAUGCUGGCGAAAAAAAGCUAGCGGUGUAAAAAAUGGAGGUAGUAAUUUGCAAAUUUCGAAUUUUUUGCACUGAAUUUCUGAUACUGUGGCGUUAGUGUUGCGGACAUAUAGAACUUUACUCAGUAAUGGCGAAUUAAUUUUGUUACAUUGUUCAAACAUUUUCCUUAUUUUUUGUUUGUUAAUAACUGUUUUCGAAGACCAGGAUUUGAUAUUCUUACGAAAUAUAGAAUCUCUUUUUACAAGAGAGAACCGGCGAAA